AUGGCUGCCUCAACAUUGCUAAGUGGAAAACGAACUAAGACUCAUACAGCCACUCCGACGCCAAGUGUAGGUGAACCAAUUACAGAAGAGGAAUUGAGAAAGAAAGAUGCAUCAAUUACAGUUGAGGAUGUUUUGAGGCUACGAAAACCAACGAAAGGUUAUCUAUGUGAAACAGAUGAAAAUAGUUAUAAAAUAGAUUUUGUUCGAUUUCGAAUACGUGAUAUGGCCAGUAAUCAUGUUCUAUUUGAGGUUGAAAGAUCGACAGAAGAUGGCGACAGUACCGAAGACGACUCAUCAUCAAGCCGUUUUGUUCAAUAUCAUUUUCCACCAACAUUUUUAAAAUUGAAACAAGUUGGUGCACAAGUUGAUUUUACUGUUGGUGACAAAGAAGUAAAGUCAUUUCAAAUGAUUGAACGUCAUUAUUUUCGAGACCAAUUGAUUAAAAGCUUUGAUUUUAAUUUUGGAUUUUGUAUGCCAAAUUCUCGAAAUUCCAUCGAACAUAUUUAUGAUUUACCAGAACUUAAGUCUGAUCAAAUGUUAGCAAAAUUUUCAAUCACCACCAUGGAUUAUGAUCUAUUGAAUAAAGCACAGUUGAGUUUUGAAUAUCUUCACACAAAUUCUACUACACAUACAUUUAUAUUUGGAGCAUUAGCUGAAUUAGUAGAUAAUUCAAGAGAUGCACAAGCACAAAACUUGAAAAUAUUUACAGUCAGAGAUCCACGAUUACGAGGUGGAUUUUAUUUGGCAUUUUUAGAUGAUGGAUGUGGUAUGCAUUAUGAAGAUGUAUUCAAUGUGAUUGUGUUUGGAAAAUCGAAUAAACGUAAUAUUGAUUCAAAUCAAAUUGGUCAAUAUGGAAAUGGUUUAAAAUCAGGUGCCAUGCGUAUUUCGAAUGAUUUUAUUUUAUUUACUAAAAAAGAUAAUAUCGGUACAUGUCUGUUUUUGUCACGUACAUUUCAUACUGAAGAAGAUUUACAUCAAGUGAUUGUCCCGAUGCCAUCGUUUAAUUUAAUAACAAAAGAACCAUUAUUACCAUCAAAUAAUGAAUACGAUCAAACAAGAUAUGAUACAGAAAUGAAAUUAAUUUAUAAAUAUUCGCCAUUUAAAACACGUGAGGAAUUAUUCAAACAAUUUGAACAAAUCAAAUCACCAACGGGUACAUUAAUUAUACUUUAUAAUAUGAAAUUGUUGGAUAAUGGUGAACCAGAAUUAGAUAUUAAAACAGACAAAUCAGAUAUUCUCAUUGAUUCAAGAGAUCUUCGAAGCAUAUCAGAUGAUCGUUAUAAUAUUCCAGCUGAACGUCGAUCAUUACGUGCCUAUGUGUCGAUAUUGUAUUAUGAGCCGCGUAUGAAAGUCUAUAUUCAAGAUAAAAAAGUGAUAACAAAAAAAUUAGCGUGUUCAUUGUAUAAACCGAGAAUGUACAAAUUUAUGUCAAAUCGAUUUAAAAAGCGAAGUGAAGAAGAAGCGAAAAAAGCUCAAGAAGACUGUUUAGCUAUUGAAGAUCGAGCAAGAGAAGCUGAAAGUAAAGCAUUGGAUUUAGCACAACGUAUUGGUAACAGUUCAGAUUCAUCAGAUCGUCUAACAUUGAGAAAAGCACAAAUGGCUGCUAGUCAAUUAAAAAAUACGUUAGAUAUUAAAAAACGUCUAUUAGAAAGAAAACAACGUGAAAUUAAAGAUCCAAAAGUAUUAAACUAUAUAUUUGGUUUAAAUGUACAAGAACGUUCAGCUGACGGUGUAUUUGUUUAUAAUUGUGGUCGUUUAAUUAAAAUGUAUGAAAGAGUUGGAAUUUUGAAUAGCAAAGCAUUAUUUUGUCGUGGUGUUGUUGGUGUUGUCGAUGUUCCAUAUAUUGUUCUUGAGCCGACCCAUAAUAAACAAAGUUUUGCAGAUGAAAAAGAGUAUGCUUAUUUAUUGAAAAUAAUGGGUGAUUAUAUGAAACAAUAUUGGGAUGAUACCGGAAUCGAAAAUUAUGUACUCGAAUUUUGGGAAUCAUUUGGUUAUACAAAAGAAGCUGGUUUAGAUACAUCACCAUCAAAUGAAGCUAUAUAUACUCAACGGCGUUUAAGUGCUGUUGGAGUAUUACUACAAUGCGAUAAAUGUUUAAAAUGGCGUCGUUUACCAUUUGGAUCACCUCCAACGGCACAUCCAGAUACUUGGACGUGUUCACAAAAUCCAAAUGUUGAACAGAAUAGCUGUGAUAUACCAGAAAAACAAGAUAUUUUAUCUGAAGGUGUACUUAAAAAACCGACAACAUCAUCUACACCAUCACUACCGUCGUCGAAUAAUGAUGCAUCAAAGUCAAAACGUGUCUCCUCGACCAAUGGUGAUCUUGUUUCAUCUUCAACAUCUCCAAAUGACAAAGAGAAAACGUCAGUAUCAUCUAUUCCUUCAAAAUCGAUAUUACCUCUACAAGAAACAUCUACAAUGUCAAGACGAUCGAUAACAUCUGCUACACAACCGGUUGUAAAUAAUAAUACUAAAUCUACACCAUCAGUGCCUAAGAUGGCCAGCUCUUCGUUGAAUACUCGUCAAUCAUUAGUUCAACAACAAUCAAAAUCUAGUAACGGUUCAAUCAAACGACCGUUGAAAGCGUCUAUUUCACCGCGAACAUCUUCGACACAUUUGGCACAUACAAAAAAACGUCGUACAAUAACAAAACAACGAUCAUCUUUGACCGAUAAUAGUAAACAUAAUCAAAGUUCCGAAGAAGAAGCAGAAGAAGAAGAAGAAGGAGCAGAAGAAGAAGAAGAAGAAGACGAAGAUGAAAAAACGGAAGAAGAGGCAGAUCAUGAAAAUAAAAAAUCGAGAGGGAAGACAAUAUCCAUAAAACGUGUUAGUACAAAUGGAAAAUCAGCAGUAAGACGAUCAAAUCAAUCAAUUAUAGCUAAUCGUUCUUGGGCUGGAGUGAAUACUUCGUUAUCAACAUCAAAUGAUGUAACAUCUUCUACUCAAACCAGUUAUAAUAAUGAUGAUUCAGAUUCAACUCAAUCGUCUCAACCGUCUCAACGUCUACCACCACGUGUUAAUGAUCGAAUAACAGCGAUGUAUCAAGCUCAGAAAUGUCCCGGUAUCGUUCUAACUGUUAAUAAUAAUGCGAAAAAAUUUAAAGUGAGAUUUGAUGCUUAUGCCACAGCAGACUUUGAUCGAUGGUAUACAUUUGCUUCUCCUGAAUGGUCAUAUGAACAUCAACUAUCAAUAAUAGCAACACCUACACCAACAAAUAAUGAACAAUUAGUGACAAAUGGAACAUCACAAAAUGAUAAUAAUCAUGAUCAAAAUUCAGAACAGAAUAAUUUCAUGUCAGCAGACUUAACAGAUGAAUCAACAAUGACAAAAGCAAUGAAUAAAUUUAAAUCUUUAAUUAAAUUUAUGUUACCACCAGAUUGGCUACUGAAACGAGAUGAAGUAACCAGACUCGAUCUUCAAGGUCUAGCUGAUUUUCCAUGCGAACAAUUCAUGCAAUCAUAUCGAGAAAAAAUGACACGUAUUGUUGAACAAAGAAAAACAGAUGAAGCAAAAUGGCGUAGUGUUUUAGAUGCAGUUAAAAUGCAAGUGAUAACCAUUAUGAAUUCAGAUGGAGUGAUAAUUGAAAAAGAAUGCACAAUCGAUGAUUUUCAGUCAAAAUUGAAUGAGUAUGUCGAACAUAGACAACAACAAAAGAAAUCAUCUUCAAAUCAAAAUUAA